AUCCCGACUCAGCCUUUAGAUCCCGCUCAAGCGCGUCCGCUGAGAGUCGCAACCGCGAGCCCACACGUGUUGGAAGUCGAUACAGUCAUCGGCAGCCUCGCUGCAAGUCCGCAACUUCUUCGGCUAAAGGUGUUCGCGACAUGACAAAAGUGCUGUUAUUGUGCGGGGCCCUUUUGGGGGUCGUUUGGGGGGCCGCGACCAACCAGGAUCCUCUCGAGUCCUGCCAGCCCGACAAGUUGACUGUGUACAAAGUGGUGUUGCAUACGUUCUGGAGCAGGGAGACUUUCCCCAAGCAUUAUCCCGAUUGGAGGCCUCCGGCUUCUUGGUCCAAAGUCUUUGGAAAAAGCCACGAUAAGUCGUUCAUCCUGUUCCGGUUGGGCAUGAAGUCUUCGGCGGGUGUUAAAGCCUUUGCAGAGACCGGCAGGAGUGACCUGAUGGAAGGCCAAAGUCAAGGUGAUGGGGGAGUUUACGACGAAUUCAAUGCGCCCCCCAUCAACAUAGGGGUGGGCCGGACUGAAGCCGAAUUCUUCGUGGAUGGCAAUCAUUCGCGGGUUUCGCUGAUGAGCAAAAUAGUGCCUUCGCCCGAUUGGUUUAUUGGCAUCGACAGCUUCGAUCUCUGCGUGAAUGGAAACUGGCUGGACAGCAUCACCAUCGAAGUCGAUCCCAUCGACGCAGGAACAGACAAUGGCUUCACCUUCACCGCUCCGAAUUGGCCGACAGAACCACAAGGCGAAGCCUACAGGAUAACAGCCCAAUAUCCCGCCCAUCCGGCAGGGUCAUUCUUCUACCCGUACCUCAAACGGUUGCCCCCAAUCGCCACCUUCCAGUUCAUCAAGGUGAAGGAAUACGAGCUAUCGGAAGUGUUCCAUCACUCGGAGGACGAUCGCAAGUACGACGUGCUGAAAAUGGAGAAUCUGCAGGUCCGGAACGACGCGACCUCCAGGGACAACAACGACAUACAGACGGCGAUUGAGGAGGAGCGACAAGAGCAGGAGGUCCAUGUGAGGCCCAAGCCCAAGCCCAGGAGCAGGACGAGCAGCUAUUACACGGCAAAUAACUACUACAAACAGUACACUUUGUCAACGCCGCUGAGCACCAGCACCUCCAAGUUCAGCAGCACUGAUAGCAACAGCUUGAGCAACACAAUACACCCGAAUGAAAUCCCCGUGACAUCGCCGGCAGUUUUUCCCGCUGUGGUUCCCAGAGGCAACAAAGACGCCAUCAUGAGCAGCAUCGCUGACUCCUACAUGAGCCAGAAGGAUCAGCAACCGCACAAGAAGUACAGGAAGUUCAAGAAAACGUCCAGAAAAUACCGCCCGCCACGAGACUGUCGCGUGACCGAUUGGUCUGCAUGGAGCCUCUGCAGCAAAUCGUGCGGAAUAGGAGAAAUGCAACGCAAACGGGAGGUGGUGAAGCAUGCAAGACGUGGCGGCCGACUCUGUCCAGCCUUGAUAGAAACGAAAUGGUGCGGAAGUGCUCGAUCCUGCAACAAGGAGUACUUUAGCUGGUAAUUUGAGUGCGCGCAACCACCAAGUCCUCCUUGAUCGGAACAUUGUCUUCGUCUCAGCCGCCGGGAAGUGUUAAGACUGACGUUAUAUGGACCUUUUAUUUCUCGCCAGGCCUGGAAACAUCCACUUGAAGCGAUUUUCCAGCUCUGUUAACCGAUAAUGCCAAAAAAGUAACCAUCGACCAGUCCCCCGUUCCAGUCCUUCGGGCGCAACAAAUGAACAUAAUGAAUAAUUAUGAUAAGACUUUUCUGACUGAUAUUCGACAUUUUGGUAUUGAAUGUGUGUUGAUGUUUUCUCAUAACCGUCAAUGUUUUCAUAUGUAAAGGUGUUCCUUCCUCUUUUCCUCUUUUCACUCACGUCAAUGUGUUGUUCUUGUAGACAAU